ACACAAGCAAGACCCAAGAGGAGAACUCGACGGGCAAUUAGCCACAGACGAGGGAGAGGAAAAGAGGGUCCCUUGUAGGGUCCCAACGUGUCUUGAGGUGAGCUGCACCCCUUCUUCUCGCCAAUGCUGGAUCUGGAAGUAGUGCCUGAGAGAUCGCUAGGAAAUGAACAAUGGGAAUUGGCGUUAGGGAUGCCAUUGGCCCAGGCCAUUUCCAUUCUUCUGAAACAUUGCCGUAUUGUCAAGAAUGUUCAGGUGCUUUAUAGUGAACAGAUGCCACUCAGUCAUGACCUCAUACUGAAUUUAACUCACGAUGGAAUUAAACUGCUUUUUGGUGCUGCAAGCCAGAGACUCAAGGUUAUUGAAGUGUAUGACCUGAGUAAGGUCAAGUUGAAAUACUGUGGAGUCCAUUUCAACUCCCAGGUAAUUGCCCCCACAAUAGAGCAAAUUGACCAGUCAUUUGGAGCUACGCACCCUGGAGUUUACAACGCUGCAGAGCAGCUGUUCCAUCUCAACUUCCGGGGCCUGUCCUUUUCCUUUCAGCUUGAUUCAUGGAGCGAAGCUCCCAAGUAUGAGCCUAACUUUGCCAUGGGCUUGGCCUCCCUGCAGAUUCCUCACGGGGCCAUGGUUAAGAGGAUGCAUAUCUACACUGGCAACAUCCUGCAGGAUACAAGGGCUCCAGUGAUGCCGUUGGCUUGUUUCUUUGGGAACGUUUAUGCAGAAUGUGUGGAUGUACUGAGAGAUAGAGCAGGGCCUCUGGGGUUAAAACUUCACCUUCUCAUUGCAGGCUGUGGUCCUGGGGUAAUGGCAGAUUCCAUGGGGAGAUCUCUGGAGAGGAAUAUCUAUUUUGGAGACUCCUGUCAAGAUGUACUUGGUGCCCUGGGUUCACCACACAAAGCAUUCUACAAGUCUGAAGACAAGAUGAAGAUACACUCUCCAUCACCGCACAAGCAGGUUCCUUCCAAAUGUAACGACUACUUCUUCAACUACUUCACACUCGGCCUGGAUAUCCUAUUUGACUCUACCACUCAUCUGGUUAAGAAGUUUGUCCUGCAUACCAACUAUCCUGGACAUUACAACUUCAACAUAUAUCAUCGUUGUGACUUUAAGAUUCCACUAGUCAUCAAGAAAGAAGGAGCUGCUUCUCAGGGGGAGGACUGCAUUUUAACAACUUACAGCAAGUGGGAUCAUAUCCAAGAGCUGCUGGGACAUCCGAUGGAGAAACCUGUAGUUCUCCACAGGUCAUCAUCAGCCAAUAACACAAAUCCCUUUGGGUCCACAUUCUGCUUUGGACUACAGAGGAUGAUCUUUGAGGUGAUGCAGAAUAAUCAUAUAGCAUCAGUGACUCUCUAUGGUGCCCCACGGACAGCCAGCCAUGCCCGACCUGCAUCUAGUAGUAGUGCCCACUGAACAUGUACCCUAUCAGGAGCUGUUCAAACCCAGAACCACAAUCCAUUCUGUUCUGGUCCAGGAUUAAAUUUUGUACUUAUAUUACCUGAACUUCUAACCUACAUCCAUCUUCUGCAAGCUUGCCCAUUCUUAACC